AUGAGCCCAAUUCAGAUUCCCAUCGACGCGAUUACCUCGCGAUUUGGUGAACGUUUCAACAGUCUUCGAUCCCAGUCCGUGGGCUCUCGCUUCGCCAACCUCCGACCCAUUUCCGAAUUCCUGGAUAUCAAGCGUGUCUCCAAGCCGGCCAACUUCGGUGAAGUCCAAGGCCGUGUGAACUAUAAUUUGUCCUACUUUUCUAGCAACUAUGCCGCGGUCUUUGUGAUGCUCAGCAUUUACAGCUUGCUGACCAAUAUCACCUUACUCUUUGUGAUUAUCCUUGUUACUGGUGGUCUGUACGGGAUCGGCAAGCUUCAGGGCCGCGAUCUAGAUCUGGGAUUUGCUCGAUUCAACACCUCCCAGCUUUACACUGGAUUGCUGAUCGUGGCGGUCCCUCUGGGAUUCUUGGCUUCCCCUAUCACAACCGUGCUGUGGCUGAUUGGAGCCACCGGCGUACCACCAGGGGCACAACAGGGGAGACAAACUAGGAGACGGGCGGCUGCGUGGGUAGAUGGUGAUGCACGGAUCGAGGAGAUUGAUAGUGAAGACGAAAAACUUUUGCAGGAUGGAUGGGAUUUUUAUUCAAGGCAACUGGCCGGCAUAGAUGUUAAUGAAAGCUUAGGAUGGCGGAAGCGGAUGUUGGAAUAUGAUGAACUAUUUCACGAGACUGGGCCUCUCGAUGGCAUGGAUUAUAAUCUGCACGAAGACGGAGAUAGUACGAUUGCCUAUGCGAUUCAGCUGGCUAUGAAGGAUAGAGAGGAACAGCUCGUGGAUAAUGCCUUGGAACGGGUUCGAAGGGCGCAGAUGUCGGGUCAGAAAAAUGUACGACUAUCCAGACGAGAGCUUGAGGCACUGGAACGCAAGCGAGUGCAGGCAGGUGGGAAUGGGGUGUCUGGACGCAGGAUGCCCGCUACCAAAACUUCUAGGUCAAGAGUGAGCUCUACAUCGGGCGUAUCACGACGCGGAUCCAGUCAAGCACAAGGUGGACAGAACACAUCAUAUCAACCGGCUGAUAACAGUUGGGCUCGCAAUUCCGAUUUUCAAUCUCGACAGCCUACCUCGUCCCCUAGAUCCUCGCUUCGUUAUCCCGACCGUUAUUCUACUACUCCGUCAAAGGCAUCCUUGAGAGGCAUAAUCCCUGCGCGUUCUCUUUCGGAUGAGCCGUAUCAGCUCUCGUCUUCAAGAGAUCAGCCUUCGCAUGCAAUACGUAGCUUGGUGGAUUCUCCGCAAAGAACAUCACAGCGACUGUUGUCCUACGUGUCUGGUUAUAAGGUCGGUUAUGGCCGUCCCAGUAGUGUGCGGGGUUCUUCCGUUGCCCAACAGGCUUCUUCAAAGUUUAGGCCCGAGGGCUCACAUAACGACGAACCAAGCGACUCAGGCGAUGGUGACCGAGUGAAUAUUGCAGAUGUGUCUGAGCGCAGAGUGCCGACAAACUCUACAAGUCAGACUGCGAGCGGCAAAGGCAGCCGUCAACGCCGUAGUUAUCGCUAG